UCUCUCUCUCUCUGAUUUUGAUGCAUGCGAGGGUGACGCACGCAGUAGUAUAGAGUGGUGGUGGUAGGGAGGGAGGGACGGAGGCGUAGGAGCAGUACGGUGCGGUUUGGCUGCGACUGUGCUCCCCUACCUCGCCUGCUUCCCCCCCCCCCCCCCCCCCCCCCGCGUCCCACGUCUCCCUCUUCGUCACUCCCCCCCCCCCUCCCUCGUCUCUCUCGCCGAGCCAUUCCUCUUUGCAGAGCGCGCGCGUGCGUCGGAGAGAUAUUCCUGCUGGUAGAGUACGUACGUGCGCGCCUAGCAGCAGCAGCAGGCGGCAGAGGCAGAGGCAAAAGAGGAAAAAGAGAAAGGCGGUCGGCGGCCGGCGAUGCUGCGGAGGAUGGUGUCCGACCAGGGCCCGGGCUCCGGAGGUAGCGGAGGGGACGCCAGGCCCCGCGGCGGCGCGCUCUUCGCCGUGCCGCGGCUGUUCAUUGGGCUGGCGGCUGCCAAGCGCGCGCCGGACGGCGCCGGCGAGUCGGAGCGGAGCCCGACGUCGCCGCUCGACCCCAAGGCGCUGCUGCUCCGCUCGCCGCGCUCGCCGAGGACCUGGGACGCGGAGCCGGUGGGGCUCGGCCUCGUUGUGGACGUCGCCCUCGCGGCCGGCGCCGGCGAAAGCGCCGCCAAGACCUGCGUGCUCAGCCCGCGCCUGUGCCUCAGGACGCACGGAUGCGCCGGCUACACGACCAAGGGCUGCGGCGGGGGCGGCCACUCGCAGCCGGAGCUCGGGGGCAAGACGAUCUCCUGCCCGGCCUCGGCCACCGCCGGCAUGUCGGUGCCCUGCAGCAGGUUCUUCCACGCGGAUCUGAAGUCUGGUCCGGAGGCCGCGAGGCCGGAUGGCACCCACUCCGGCGCCAAGCGGCAUUGCUUCCACCUCGGCGAGCUCCCAGGGCCGGGGUCCCUGCCAGCAUCAAUCGCCGGCGGCCCCCGGCGGUUCGUCGGGUCCGUCUCCGCGAGCGAGGUGGAGCAGUCGGAGGACUACACCUGCAUCAUUGCCCGCGGCCCCAACCCCAAGACCACCCACAUCUUUGGGGACUGCAUUCUUGAGCCCCAGACCACGGUCGGGAAGGGCGACGAGGCCACCAUGGAACCCAAGGACGGAGCUUCGGCCAAGUCCUACCUGGUGGUCAAGCGCGCCACCGAGGCUGCCGCCGGCCCCGGCGAGGACUUCUUGAGCUCCUGCUUCACUUGCAGGAAGAAGCUGGAGGGAAAAGACAUUUACAUCUACCGCGGCGAGAAGGCCUUCUGCAGCGCCGAGUGCCGGGACCAGGAGAUCAUGAUCGAGGAGGAAGCAGAGAACAACGUCGCCAUCGGAGGCUCCCCUCGCUCCUCCUGUUCAUCCCUGCACGAGGACAUCUUCAUGGCCGGCAUGAUGGUGGCGACAUGACCCACCGCGACGAUGGCCCGGCCGAGGCACCGUCUUCCUCGCCUCGACAAGCAAGCAAGCACGCACUCAAUUUUUCCCUUGCUAGCUACAACCAGGGGAUGGGGGCGAUCAAUUCACAGAUCAAUCGACCCAUCACCAGUGCGUGCAUAUUGCCGGUCGCCGUCGAUCAGCAUGCUGUUUUUGAUUCAGCAAACUGAGGAGGUGUCGAGGAGGAGGAAGGAGUGGCGUUCUUGGUGGGUCAUUGUCACUGGUGGUGGGGGUUGGAUUAGCUGAGCUGCUGCCAUUUUUACCGGUCCUGGGAAACUUACUCGCAGGCAUCUGGGUUUUUUACCUUUCUUUAGGAACCAGAGAGAGAGAGAGAUGGAAAAAAAAAAAGAGGUGGCCUGCCUGCUUGGUGCUUGCCUUUGGUCCUGUAGUUUUGAUCUUGAGGCUGCACGCAGGCCAGUGCCACCCAUCCUUUUCUUCUUCUUCUUCUUUUUUCUUUUGCUCCUGCUGGCAGCAGUGACCAUGUCUGCACAUUUGCUACACCACUGUAUGUGUGUGUGAGAGAGAGAUAAUGACAUUGAGCUGCUUUGCUUUGGUUCA